AUGACACAGUCGACACCGAGUUUCAACCGCUCUCGACCUUCUCAGCACUCUCUUUAUCGUCUCCCAGUACCAUCGCUCUCCAUGUCACUCCGCAGUCGUAGAGCCAAACAUCCAACAGUAAAUUUAGCUCUGCCUCAACUUGAUCGCUACCACGAUCGUGCUGAGAAGGCAUUGACUGAGACCAUCAAAGCUUACAGUAAGACAAACGACGUCGCUGUUAAUCCUACACGAUGGAAAUGUCUUCGAUCACGACAUGGCGUGCGACUUUAUCGUGGACGUCAUCCUAAAACUACCGAGCCUAUUCCACUGCACUGUGUCGGUGCUCUUCGUGGCAGCUUUGACGACAUCAUGGAAGGAAUCUAUUGUCAAAAUACAGACGAGAUGCUGCUCAUGAACGCUAUCAAGUGUCCUCGUUUAGUUGAGAGUGCAGUGCUCUAUAAAGUACAACGACAGACAAUAUGUGAGCCGUACACCUUCACAGGAAUCAAAUGUGCCACCAUCAAGCUCUCAGUUGCAAGCAAUCGAGACUUGUGUUACUUUGACAAGAUGGGGCUAGUACAGCAGACAUCCGGGAAACGAAUGGCUUACCAUGUCAUGCAGUCGAUUGAUCUCCCAGAGUAUCCUCACAAAGCAAUGCACAAGCGGGUACAAAUCUCAUUGUGUUACGUGUUUGAGGAGCUGGAGGAGAAUCGGGUGGGGGUUUAUAUGCAGGGCGAGAUCAACCAUGCGGCCUUAUCGUACUUUUCUACACCUGCAGUAUCGGAUUUAUUACUGACAGUAACCAAUGCAUUGGAGUGUACACAAGCCAAGAAGCUUGCAGCAAUGAUGACUGUAGCCCCUCCUGGACAUUACAGACGACGAUCUUCUCGUCGAUGCUGCGACGUGUGUCGAGGCACCACGUCGUUCUUUGAGAAUUUGCAGAAUUGCGCGGGUUGCAACUUUAAACACGUCUGCAAGAAAUGCCGUUUGAAGGAAACCGUUCUAGCGCGUGACACAACGUCAAGUUCUCAUCUGAUACAGGCUGAAUUCUGUCGUGUGUGUAUCGCCAAGAUGGACUCGACGUCUCUCGAUCAGCUACGUGCUGAAGCGAAUGACUUGAACGUCGCUGGAUUACGUUCGGCGGACAGGAACAAUUUAUUCUGCAAAGUCACACAAGAUCCUGAAGACGUGGAUAUUCCAGGCAGUGACCGCUCGUUGACGGCUUUUACUCUCAAGAUAUCGGCACAGUUGCAGGAUCUUAGCAAUCGUAGCAAUGUCCGCAUCUCCAACUUGUCGAUGGAGAGGGUGUCGAUUUUAGAAGAAGACUACGAGGACGCGCUGCUAUGUGAAGGCCGAGAUGUGCUCAACUCAAUUGGAAAGAAGAGCAAACAGAUCGUGCCGUUUGAAAAGGACCUGGCAGAUACGAUGCGUCGCAGUUCACGCUCGACGACCUCGACGGCGUCGUCCUCGCACUACUACGACGACGACGACACGGAUCAGUAUCGGACAUCGCUCUUUGCACGUUUGCUGCAAGUGUCAAACCAAGCCGAGGCGACUUUUCAUCUCACAAGAGAGCAGUCACUUAUCGCUCACUCAGUCUUACAGCGGAAUCGUCGUCGGUGCACGCAAUGGUAG